GAGGAAAACAGAAAAGACAGCUUGCAGAAGAGCAGGUUUGCGCGUAUUCGUGCUGUCACUCAUUGCAAACGUCAGAUCGUGUUUGCCUCUCUGUCUGUCUUCCUCUUUCUCUCUCUCUCUCUCAAGUCUCAAACUAAAUUUGUUAGUUCAACUCUCUCUAUUUCUACUUUCUUCUCUAGUCACUUCCAACACUUAUUCAAUUUUUAUCUUUCUUUUGCUCUUUGUGCAUUAUAAUCUUCUCUUGUCAUUACAACCCCCCCGUUACUCAAAUCAGAAACUCUCAUUUGAAGCUAACAAACAACAAAGAUCAACGGAUCUAUCUACCUUCAGUCAUGGUGUUUUCUUUCAACCAACGCUUCUGGGUUUCUUCUUCGCUUCUCCUCCUCGCGGUCCUCUCUGUUUCUUCUCUCACUCCCACUUUCCUUUCUGACACCGUUUUCGAUUCUCAACCAGCGCAUACCGGUCGGAACCUUCUUCAGGCUAAAAAGGGUUGUUCUGUGAAUUUCGAGUUUUUAAACUACACAGUAAUCACAAGCAAAUGCAAAGGACCCCGGUACCCUCCCAAAGAAUGUUGUGGGGCUUUUAAAGAAUUUGCUUGCCCUUAUGCCGAUGUAUUAAAUGAUUUAACGAAUGAGUGUGCAUCAACCAUGUUUAGUUACAUUAAUCUCUAUGGAAAAUACCCCCCUGGCCUCUUUGCUAGUGAGUGUCGUGAAGGAAAGUUUGGUCUUGCUUGUCCUGCAGUGCCACCAUCAGCAGUAUCAGCAGAUGACACUGCAAAUCAAGCUGUACACUGUCCGUCUCUAUUGUUGAUGCUCAUAGCCUGCUUCUUAAUCUUGUUAUUCUGAUAUGUUUCUAUACACAACUUCAUUCUUUUUCUCUCAAUAUUGAUGUAUAAUCAGUUACCAUUUUUUUAUAUGUGGUGUGUGAAUUACUUUUUGCGCAAAAACAAAAAAUUGGCUAUGUGCCUGGUAGUUUAAGGAGAGUUCUAUUGAUCAAUUUAUGUAAUGAAAUUACGUUUGCCAAGUGAGCCUUAGUAAAUGGCUAACUUCUUACUGCUUCAUCA